AUGAAUUAUUGUAUACAGUUUGGUCACUCGUUAUGGUUCGCGAACCAAUUGCCAGCGCAAGAGGUUAACCUUAACGUCGAGAAUUUUUUGUUUUAAAAUUGCAAUAUUUCCUCAGUUUUAAGUAUGUUUAAAUAUAACCCAAGCAAAACAUAAAUUUAUUACUUUUUAGUGAUAAUAGCUAUUCAGUGAUAUCACACUAACGAGUUCGAAAGGAAAGCGAUGAAUUAUUGUAUACAGUUUGGUCACUCGUUAUGGUCCGCGAACCAAUUGCCAGCGCAAGAGGUUAACCUUAAUGUUGAGAAUUUUUUGUCCCAAAAUUACAAUAUUUCCUCAGUUUUAAAUAUGACCCAGACAAAACAAAUAAUAGAUUUAUUACUUCUUAGUAAUAAUUUCUAUCCAAUGAUAUCAUACCGAUUCAAAAAGAAAAAAGUGAAUUAUUGUACACGAUUUGGUCACUCGUUAUGGUCCGCGAACCAGUUGCCAGCGCAAGGAGUUAAAAUGACACCCCUUCUAAAAACUGAAUGA